UUUCCAUUAAGCUGUAAUUUUAUCUACAAUGAAGCCUUUCAUGCUUGCCAAGCUUUUUCUCUUCCUACUAUUUCCCAAUCUAAUGUACCAAGCAAUAUGUUGUUCCACUCUUUUUCCCCUCCUGGCCUUUUCCCUCCUCCCCCUCCUCAUGAAAUUUUGGGUGGUGGAAGGAGGGUUUGCAUGGAGGAACUACUCUAAUAACCAAAACCCUAAAAAACUUAAUGGCCCUAUGUCUUGGCCAUUCUUGGGGUUUUUGCCUCAAAUGGGGUCUCAUGCUCACCGCAAACUAGCCUGCAUGGCAGCUUCAAUGGGCCUGAAUCGUCUGAUGGCCUUUAGCCUUGGCACCACUCGAAUGAUCAUCAGCAGCCACCCGGACACUGCCAAGGAAAUCCUUUGUGGGACCUCUUUUUCGGACCGUCCCAUAAAGGAAUCGGCUAAACUACUCAUGUUUGAGCGCGCCAUUGGGUUCGCUCCCUUCGGGAGCUACUGGCGUCAGCUGAGAAGAAUGGCGGCGAACCACAUGUUUUCGCCUCGGAGAAUUGCCUGUUUGGAGGGUGUUAGGAGCGCAGUAGCAGAGGAGAUGAUUGGAAAGAUGGACAAAGAGAUGGGUGAGAGUGGGUUUGUGGAGGUUAGAAGAGUGGUGGGGGAAGGGUCCUUGAGAAAUGUGGUAGAGAGUGUGUUUGGGAGUUGUUUAGGGUUGCAAGGGGAAGAGUUAGGGUUGAUGGUGAAACAAGGGUAUGAGUUGAUAGGGGAGUUUAAUUGGGGAGAUUAUUUUCCAUUAGGGUUUUUAUUGGACUUUGGUGGAACAAAGAGAAAGUGUCACAGAUUGGCUGGGAGAGUCAACGAUCUUGUGGGUCAGAUAAUAGAGAAGAGAAAAAGGGAAUUGGAAGGAGUAGAGCUUAACGUGAAGACGAAUAAUAAUGACUUUCUUAGUGUUUUGCUAUCAUUGCCUAAAGAGGAUCAACUUGUUGAUGCAGACUUGGUGGCUGUCCUUUGGGAGAUGAUAUUUAGAGGAACAGAUACCGUUGCAAUACUUGUGGAAUGGAUCAUGGCUAGGAUGGUUUUACACCAAGAUGUUCAAGCAAAAGCACAACAAGAAAUUGACACUUGUGUGGGUUCCAUUAGGCACGUGCAAGACUCAGACAUACCUAACCUUCCCUAUUUACAAGCCAUUGUAAAAGAGGUACUUCGGUUGCACCCACCCGGCCCAUUACUCUCUUGGGCUCGACUUGCGGUCCAUGAUGUCUAUGUGGACAAGUGCUUCAUCCCAGCUGGGACAACUGCUAUGGUCAACAUGUGGGCAAUCACUCAUGACCCCCAAAUUUGGAACGACCCAUGGGCCUUUCGGCCCGAGAGGUUCAUGGAGGAGGAGGUUUCAAUCAUGGGUUCCGACCUUAGGCUUGCGCCUUUUGGAUCGGGUCGCCGGGUGUGCCCAGGACGGGCUUUGGGCUUGUCCACAGUUCACUUGUGGCUGGCCCGAUUUUUGCAACAUUUCAAGUGGCUUCCAGGUCCGUCAGUUGAUCUCUCCGAAUGUUUAAAACUCUCUCUUGAGAUGAAGAAACCUCUUGCAAUUCGUGCGUUUCGCCGUCAAUUAUAAUUACGGUUUUCUUUUUUCUAAUUAUAUACUAUAUACUUUUAUGUAGUCCUUUGUAACCCAAAAAGUUUGGUUAUCAUGGAAUUAAGUAUGCUUUGCAUAAAAUCCUUGAAAUAAU